AUGUUCAAAUUCUGGGGCAUCAAUCACGUUGCAGCUACCAGCAGUGACCUGCAAGCCCAGCCUACCCCGUCGUCUCUGGUCUGGAGGCAUGAUUCCAUUGAAGCAGUUAAAGCAUUUUGGUCACAUCAUGCGGAAGGAAAGAAUGGAAAAUCUAACCAAUACUGGAAAAAUUGCAUGGAAAAUAAAUCGCGGUCAACAACGAACAGCAUUCGUGAAGUCUUGUGUCACUUGUUGAAUAUCACCACAUUUCAACUACUACAAAGUGUUAAAGAUCGAGUUUUGUGGAGGUCGAUGGUCGCCAAUGUUUUUAAAGGAUAA